AUGGCUUCCGACGCUACAGUUUCAAGCAUCACAGUUAUUAUGAACCAGGAUCUUGUCAAAUUGGAUCGUUUUGAUGGAACUAACUACACCAUAUGGCAAGACAAGAUGACAUUCCUUCUGACUGCCCUGAAGGUUCACUAUGUCUUAGAUCCUGACUUAACGCCAAUUCCAGAACCAACAGAUGAUGAUUCUGAAGAAGUUAAGAAGGAAUGCAAGAAACAUAAGGAGGACGAACUAUUGUGUCGUGGACAUAUCCUAAAUACAUUAUUUGAUCGUCUCUACGACCUCUAUACGGAUAAUCCCUCCGCAGUUGAGAUAUGGAAAGCCCUCGAGUUUAAGUUCAAGGCCGAAAAAGAAGACGCCAAACCCAUUCUUCCCCAAGUGCACGAAUUGCAAGUUCUGUUGCCACUUUCGUGGAAAGGCUAUAGAAAGAAAUUGUUGCACAGUUUUGAGGAAUUUUCCUUGGAGAAAAUCCAGAAACAUCUUCGAAUCGAGGAGGAAUCAAAGGCAAAGGAAAAAUCAGAAUCUGCGGGUCUUUCCAAAGCCAAUGCUGUGACCAACAAGGAAAGAAAGAAGCAUGAUGGCAACAAACGUCAUCUAGGACCAAAAAAGGAACACAACAAGUUCAAGAAUCCUGGGGGUCAAAAGGGUCCAAAGAACGGAUGCUUUAUGCUCGAGAUUACAGGCACAACAAAUCAAAAAAUGAGAUCAAUGUUGUUCAUGCAAAUGAUGACAUAA